UUAGUGUUGACGUUUAAUAACACAUGAGUACAUAUUCACAUUACGUUGGUAUACAACAUGGAUUUUAAUACUCCUUAAUAAUUAUUAGUGUUUGAUAUAAUUUAUAUAAAUUAAAAAAGUAUAUUAAAAUCAAUAAAAGAUAAUAAACAAACAAUGCAAUAUAUAUAACGUUGUGUAAUAUUGACAAUUUGGCACUAAAUUUUUAGAAAUAUAGCCAAAUUCUUUAAUAUAGUUGAAACAAACAGCAAAACAAGGGAAUAUGAGUGAUAUACGUAUUAGAACUAUGCGAUAGCAUUUAUGUAAUAAUAAAUAUAUAAAGUGUAAAUGAUUUUUAUCAUUAUGAAAUUCAACGAAAAAGAGCUUGCAGAAGCAAGUAAUGGUCCCGCUGAUAUUGAAGGUCGUUUAAAUCAUAAACGAGCACACAAGUCAGGAUUCAAAGAAAAGUGGUUCAAACUACGAUGUAACUUGUUAUUUUAUUUUAACAUCAAUGAAUUGGGACAAAUUGAUACUAGGCAACCGGCAGGUGUAAUUAUUUUGGAAAAUUAUAGUAUUAACCUUGAUGCUGCAACUGAAGGUGUAUUUGCAUUUAGUAUAGCGUUUCGAGAUGAAUACGAAAAAAGACAUGUUUUAAGUGGUCGUUCAGAAUUACAAGUAGAACAAUGGGUAAAUGCACUUAAGCAAGCAAGUUAUGAAUAUUGGAGAUUUCGUUUAAUAGUGCUUCAAGAAAAGUUAUGCAAGAAAACAGGGAAAGAUCCGUUGCUCAUGUAUCCACGAAAUCAAGGAAUUAUCAGAGAUGAAGCAUGGGAACCUGCAUCAACUUUCAGAUCUCAUGUUUCUUGGACAGAAGAUGUGAAAAAAGCACGUUCAGGAGAUUACAAUAUAAAAUUAUACGAUGAUGAAAGAUAUGCAGCUAUACGUAAAGCACUAAGAAAUGGAGAAGAUCCAAACAGCGUGAAACCAUUAGUUGUUGUAGUACUUAAUAAUCCAGGCAUAUAUCGUGGACCUUGGAUUAACUCGGAACUCCUUGCUGUUCUUUUAGCUGCCUUAGUAUCAUAUUCUGCUUUCUCUUCAAAAUUCAAGCUUCUUGCUUGAAUAUUUUUCAUAAACAAUAAAUUUGUUAAAAUUUUUAUAUAAAUUAAACGUUACUAAAAGCAAA